AAACAAUCAGAUAAAAGCGAUUCCCAGAAAAUAACUCCAAAAAGGAAGACUUUGAUUUUGAGUUGAUCGAACUUAGGGAAAAUGGUGAGGUACAACUGUUUUAAAAUCGAUGUUCGAGGCAAAGUUCAAACUCUGAAAAAGUGUACGAGCCAAUUUGUUGGAGUGACGUGGAUCUUUUUCAGGGAAUUUACCCAAAACAGUAACAUCCAUGGGCUAAGAUACUUCAGUGAAAGAGGGCUGCAUUGGAGUGAAAGGUUGUGGUGGUUAGUUUCUCUUGGUUUGUCACUUUGGCUAUGCGGCUCGAUGAUCCACAAUUCUUGGUCGGAUUGGAACGAAAAUCCACUGACUUUUGACUCCAGCAACAAGGCACACAUUUCAACGAUUCCAUUUCCAACAGUGACCAUUUGUCCGUAUAUUAAAACCUUGAAACAUAAAUUGGAUAUAUCAUCGAAAUUAAACAGCAAGUUUGAAUUGAUUGCAAACUUAUCUGACACAGAGUCUAAACAGUUGAAUGCAUUGGCUCAUAUUUGUCCACUUUUGCCACAGCGUCUAAAGUCUAAGGAAAAUUUUGCGACUGAAUCAAUUUAUGACACAAUAAAAAACUUAGCACCCAAUCUGGAGUACACGAUUCAAUCGUGCUCUUGGAAACAGAAGCGGAUCAAUUGUUCUGAAUUCAUGUCCCCAAUCUUAACAUCUAAUGGCCUUUGUUUCCAAUUCAAUGCAUUAAACUCACGUGAUAUCUAUACAACAGAAAUGGCCCCGAGUAUAAUGAAACACAUAGAUAGUCAUCGGAAUGCGCCAUUCUGGAGCUUGGAAAAUGAAUACAACGAAGGGUUUAUCGGAAAAGAUUACCCGAUGCGAGUGUUUAGCUCGGGCCGUGAAAAUGGCCUUGAAUUGAUUCUUUCUACUCGCACAAGCGAUCACGAUUCUCGUUGCAGCGGAUUUCUUAAAGGAUUCCAAAUUUUCUUAACUUCGCCAGGCGAUUUGUUAAAAUACAAUCCCCAUUUUCGGAUCCAACCUUCAGAUGAUACUCUCUAUGUGAUAAAACCCCGAUUAAGAACUUCUCCAAAGAAACUGGGCAAAUAUCAACCGAAGCAACGUAAAUGUUUUUUCGACUUCGAACGUCGAUUACGAUUCUUCAAAUCUUAUUCGCUACAGAAUUGCAUGGAUGAGUGUACAGCGAAUUUCACAAUGAAAAAAUGUGGAUGUGUGCAGUUUUCUAUGCCAAGGGACAAAAACACUAGAAUUUGUGGUGCGUCAAAAAUAAACUGCUAUGAAGAGGCUACUACA